AUGGCUCGAAAUCGGGUCUGGAAAAUCGGUGGGUCAUGUAAAGGAGGUGGAGAGGAGCGUUUUGCAAGUUGUGGCGUUGGAUUUGGUGGCCGGACAGCGACGCAGUUGCUAUUUGAAAUUCCAACUUCGAAACGAAGAGAGAGAGACGUCGAGGGGAGGAGAGAGAAGACGAGGGUGGGGCUUUUCUGA